GUUAAUAACUAAUAAUAAGGUAUAUUGUAUAUCUUAACGAGACACAUAAACACGAUGGCAGAAAUGCCCAACUUUGACCCGAACUUUGAGCCUCAGUCUCGCCCUCGUUCGGGAACAUGGCCUUUAAAUCGGCCCAACAUUCCAUCAAGGAAAAAUAGAAUGCAAGAGAUGGGUGGAGGAACUUUUCUAGACACAACUCUCGAGGAAGCAAACUCACAAGAGCUCAUUGCAACUGAAUCUAAUGAAAUGCUUGAGCCACCACCAUUGUUGAUGAAGGACGAUUAUUUGUCGCUGUUGUCUCCAGAUUCUAUGAGUGAUAUUGACUGUAUGUUAGUAGGAUCAUCGCCUACAGCAAAUCUUGUUACAGAUUUUUCAGCUCUUUCGAAUACAGUGAUAAAACCAGAGCCUAGUAAUAUUGCGAAUAAUAUACUGAGUGAUUAUUGCGCAUCUAGUACAAUGACAGAACUAUCUAAUUUACCAGAAGGACAGACAUUCGAAGAUGUUCAAGUGAUGCAACAGCAAAAUGCGAUGCAAAUACAAAACACUGCCGCUACAUCGGUAAAUUUUGUAUCGAGCAGCCCUUCACUGUCAAAAUCCCCUCCUUCCACCACUGUCUCAGCGACACAAUCGUCGGCCGCUACUGGUGCUACCACGAAAGCAAAAUCGACACGGAAAAAUGCCUGGGGAAACAUGUCCUAUGCUGAUCUCAUUACACAGGCUAUCGAGUCUUCUCCUGAGAAGAGACUGACUUUGGCACAGAUUUAUGAAUGGAUGGUCAAAAAUGUUCCUUAUUUUAAAGACAAAGGAGAUAGCAACUCAAGUGCUGGUUGGAAGAAUUCUAUUCGACACAAUUUAUCGCUCCAUGCAAAGUUCAAGAGGAUUCAGAAUGAAGGUACAGGAAAAUCAUCAUGGUGGGUUAUAAACCAUGAAGCCAAACCUGGAAAGUCGCCACGGCGUCGUGCGAUCAGUAUGGACAAUGCCAGCUCAAAGUAUAAUCGUUCUAGGAACAAGGCACUAGCAAAGCAAAAGGCCGCUGAAAUAAUGAAGAAACAGAAAGCUGGAAUGAAACCAGGACAAAGAGAAUCUGGUUCGUGGAGUCGUGAUCCAACUUCUGGUCUUGAAACACCAGUCUCCAAAGCACUUGCAUCUGAAUAUCGACAAAGAGCAAGCUCCAAUGCCAGUAGCUUGGGUGGCAGGACAUCUCCAAGUCUAUUUCUUGCCCAAGACUUGGAUGAUGAUGGAGCACCUCCUCUUUCACCUCUCUCUGGAUCGAUUACGAAUCUAUCAAGCCUUGGAACAUCUGUACCAUCAGGAGCCGUUAACAGCAUUUUUGACUUCGUUAGACAAGAUCAGUCUUCCACGAUUCCGGAAAGUUUAUCAACAGAUCGAAUGGUGCAAGAAAAUUUGUUGGAAAGUCUCGCAAGUAUGGAUAUGACGCCAGAUACAAAGGCUGGAAUAUAUUUGCAACAAAUAAAUGGAUCACAACAGAAUUCAAAAAAUUUGAAUAACGCGAUUGUUCAGAGCACACCAGAGCUUGCAAGUCUGUUACAAAAACAAUCGCCGAAUAAAAACCUACAAAAAAGUGCGAAACAGGAACCACGAUGGAAUGACAAGGGUCCCUACCCGUACCCAGAUUACCAGAACCCACAAAUGAUACCUCAGGUGCCUAUGCAGUCACCCCCACAGUACAAAAGUUCAUUGCAACAGGGAAUAAACGAAGACAAACCAUUAUAUCAUUUUGUGAGGAGACCGAUACGACAAAAUGAUUCACUUUAUGGACAGCCUUUGUCUAUUCAAGUUCAACAGCAGCAACAGACAAACUAUAUUCAGCAACAGCAAAGAAUGCAGCCAUACAUGACUGGUCAGCAACAAAUGGUACAAACAGACAACCAACAACCUCAGCCUCCACCACAGUAUGAUUCAAUGUUACAAAUAGAUCAAGCCAACUUUCCGUCGGAUCUCGCAAAUUUAGAUAAUCAACAGGUCUUCGAUUCUGGCGAUCUGGACAUGAAUGCUGUUUUGAGUGACAUUCCAUCGCCGUAUAAUUUUGGAUUGGAUUUUGACAGCGGUGGAAAACCAGCAAGCUAUUUCAACCAGUGUCAAACACAAAUGCAAGAUACUGGUGAUUAUAACAUGGGAAUGAAUGGAAAUAAUAACAUGAUGGAUACUGGAAUGCCACAACAGCAACAACAACUCACAAUGCAUCCAAAUCCUGAUGUUUUUAUCACCAACACUGGCCCUGGAUCAACCUCUGUGGACCUGAUGAUGAUGGAUGGUUGUCGCAUGAACAAUGCUAGUUUUCAACGAAUGCAGACAACACAGCAGCCUUCCUCUGUUGGUGCAUCUAGCUACUCCAUGCAGUAACUCAUGGAAAGAAUUUGACGUUUGUAAAAAGAAAUCUUAUCAGGAAAAUGUACAUUUUCAAGCCUGUGCCAUGUAUAAUAGAACUGUCUUGUAGGCAGAUUUCAUACAUGGUUUUUGACUGAUAACAGAGGCCCAAGUUCAAUAUGUGCUUUUGUCGAAGGUGCUGAUGACAUGUUAUUGGUGCAAAUUCUGUUUUACGUUGCAAAUGUGAGUACUUCUCUACACGGCUAAGGGCUCUUUAUUGAUGCCAAUGUAUCAAUAUUAGUUUCAGCAGAUUUCUGGUUAAGUUUCAUGAGAAUAGUCACUUGAAUCUAAAUACUAUUAAUGAAUAAUAAAUUUUUCAUUUCCCUGAUGUUGGUAUUUUUUGUCAUUCACCCAUGUAGGUCUGUAAACUUGUCUAGAAAAUUGAUAAUCAGAGUUUCUGAAUCAGGCUGUAUACGUCUUGUCCAUGUAUGAAAACCUGAUUUACAAAUAUUUCAGGAUAAUCUAAUAUGAUUCAUAUUGGAGAAAAUCAGAUUUCCAAUAAUUUUUCAACUUUUUCGAAGAACUUUAUACAUACAAAUUUUGUUGAAAGGCUUCACUUGGCUGUUUCAAAAUGUCUCAAUAAGACAGUAAUGAGACACUAUUUAAUGCAUUGUUGAAUUCUGAUGAAAUUUGUUUAAAAUUUCUUGUGUUAGUCUUUGGCCUAGUUUUUCUUGCGAGUAGGCCUAAAUCAGUUAUAAUUCUUUAGUUUUUAAUUCCCAUUCCUUUAUGUUAAUCUUAUUCAUUGUAUCCAUAUGUAAUUAGCUGUACAAGUGUACCCGUAAUAUCACACGAUAUGUGUGUGAAGGUGUAACCUUUUCGUUUUCAUUUUUGUUGCAUGAAGCCAAAGUUCUCCGUUAGUGACGGAAAUAAUUUGCCUCAUUCGGUACAAUCAGGUUAUCUAUUUUUCUUUUUUUUUUUGCAAAGGGAAAUUGAAACUUUUAUUUGUAUACAAUCACAUUAUAUAAGAUCAAGUGGUUGGUUCUCAAGCUUUAUAGCCCCCUUUUUGAAAAUUGUCAAGUCUCGCGCCUCACCUCAAAAAUAACUACCGGUAGCUGACAACAAGCUACAAAUAACAGAUAGUAAGGCGAAGAGAGGUUUUAUUCAAAACACCCAUUGAAAAUAUGUGGCUGGAACUAAAAUAAUGAAACAAGAAGAGCUGUGACAUGUAAAUAUCCAAAAUAUGACGGGAACAAUCAGAUCUAACAGAUAUUUUUUCAGUUUCACGCCCCCUCAAAAAAUUGUCCACGCCUCCUUUGUGGGGCGAGCCCUACCGUUUGAGAACCACUGUCUUAGACAGAAAAUAUAUCUGUCUUCUAUAUUUGCUAUCUGGAACAGUUGUAAGAUUGGAAUUUCCAAACCAAGCUCGUAACGGCACAUAAGUUUGAUUGCCUUCCAUCAUCUCGAUAUAAAUGUGAAAAUCGUAUUGAAAAGUCUACCCAAAAAUUUUUUUCUGAUUACAUUAGAAAUUUUUUUUCUUUGCUAUUUUGAAGAAAAUUGUUGAAUAUGUUUUCUUUGAGUCUGCCAUUCACUGGAUUUAUGGCUUAUGCUCUGCAAAGUUCAAUUAUGACUUACUUUUAACAAUGCCUGACUUCAUAAACACCCGUACCCGACUGAUUUGUAACCAUGUUGUGAUAUACCUGAUUCAUAUUUGGCAUUUUUAAUAUUUACAAGCAAUAAAUUUGCAUUAUGAUGUUACGUUCAUUGAUUAUAUUUUUUCCUUCUGUUCCUCAUGUCCGUAAUCGCAAAUUGUGCGAAAUUUUCCACCGGUUUCUCGUUUUCAUCAAUUUUUCUGUAAGUUUUGGUGUUUUUUAUCUUUUCCUGUUCUUUUUUUUUUGCCUAAUGAAAUUUUGUGAUCAUCUUUUUUACUGCUGUUUCAUCAGCAUUUUACAAAGUAUGUUGUUGUUUUGUACAGGUUUUAGUUUGUUUUAAUGAAAAUUUUGAUUUAUUUUCAUAUCCAAUUUUGAGGUUUUGAGAUAGGUCAGUUUUCCUAAAAAGUUUCAUUCAAUACAGGGGUGGGGAACCAGAGUCUCGCAAUAUUAUUUGAUUUUGCCAGGAAAUAUUCAUGUAAAAGUGUUCGUUUCAGAUAGGUUUUGCAUAGCGACAUUUUUGUAGUUACCAUUCUUUUGAAUUUUUUCAUUUAGUUGUUGUAAUAACAAGUGGGUCUGCUCUCGAUUUAUUCAGAAACCGCAAUGAUCGUAAAAAAUAGCAAUCUAAAAAUUGAAAGUAGCAAAAUCUUUUUAUAUUAAUGUUUCUGAAGUAAUGAAUGUGCUAUAAAAAUUUGGCACGAGAUAUUACGAAAAGUGCUGUGCAACCUGUAGCAAUUUGUGGUUCCCCACCCUUGACUUAUUAGGUUAAAAUGGUAGUAAUGACCUUUUUCACUUAUUGUUAAAGCAUGAUUCUGGUACAUAUGUUACAUUGACUGACCAUGUUUUUAAACCUCGACCUUAAACUCGAAUUCUGACAAAUUUUAAAAUACAAAAGAAUAAUUUAUCUGUGGACAUCUUUGAAUAUGACAGUUAUUCCACAAUUUUUUCUGCUCAAAUUCAAACAGUUUUUUUUUCCUGGAAGUUAUUAAAAACCUUUUAUUUCAUAGCUAAUUUUGACGAUUUUCAUAUAAGGGAUGGCAAUGGGUUAUGUUUGAAAACAAUUCUAUUUUCAUCAUGGCACACUUGUGUAGUGUUCGACAUGUCUUUUACAAAUAGUUAUUCUGGUUUAUACAACUCCCUUUUUUAAUUAACAUAAUUUGGGCCAUAAUAUUUACAAGACAAUCAGUUUAGAUUGAAUAGUUGUACUUACCAAUUGUCUAUGGUCAAGCUCUCUGAUAACAUUUUUAUGGAAAUAUCGAAUUUGCUCUGAUCAUCAUGUUUUGCUCAAUUCAGGUUGUCCAUUACACUGCCCCCAAGAUAAUUUGUCUUCGGUCAAGAACGUAUGAUCGUUUUUAUGUCACCACAGGGUUUCUGUGGUUUUUGUAUAAAUGUAUGAUUUUCUCUUUCAUGAUUUGGUUAAAUGAUGUAAUUUUUACUUGUAUCUAAAGUUUAUUUUUUCAUGUGCUCACUUUUACUUGAUGAAAAAACGUAAUUUGAAUUGAACUAACAAGACUUUGUAGAUAUUUCUCUAUACAUAUAUAUAUAAUUCGAUAUUGUCGUAAAUCAUGUAUGUAACGUAUAGUUGCGCUUUUUGUAGCUCUAGCGUUGUAGGUUCUUAUCAUUCAUGUUGUUUGGUGCUUAAUCAUCCUUUUAACGAUGAUUCUGCACUUUUUUUUGUUUUUUGAAUAACUUUUUGUCCUAUUUGCUUACAUGUUUCGCAUUCAGAUUGGUUCUUGAUAAUCUUCCACAGUAUUUUAAGUAAGGUGCUCAAGCAGUUUUAUAGUUUGAUAAUGUGAUGAAUUUACUUUUGGCAUUCACAGGCGACGGCAUUUGCAGUAUAAAAUUUUGUUCAUCUUUUUGAAUUACAGAUCACUCUUCGAUUCAAGAUUAAGGACCAUGUACAAAGCAUAUAUCAUUGCAUAGUGAUACAAGCUUAGCAAAGAUGUUUCUAUAAUGUAUAUGUCUAGAAUAUGUUUAAAAAAAAAAAAUUUAGUACUUUUUCGAUGCCAUCUUGAUUAGUAAAUUACCCACCAGGUAGAUGGAUGAAAUGGAUAGUAUAUAAAUUAAAACAAACAUUUUCAUGUUUUUGCUCUUUCAAUGUGUACCAAGUAUCUGUUUUUUGUCCAUGGAUAUGGCUAAGCUUAGAAUAUAUUACAUAUUUGAAAAUAA